AUGUUGACUUCGUGGGGAAAGGCAGGUCUACUGCUUGGUCUUGCUUUGAACAACGUCGCUGUAGCCGAUGACGUUAUCACGAGUGACACCUACUUCUAUGGUGACUCGCCUGCUGUUUACCCAUCUCCUGAGGGAACCGGCGCCGGUGAUUGGGCCUCUGCGUACAAGAAGGCCAAAGCUUUUGUUGGCAAGCUCUCCGAUGAUGAGAAGGUCAACCUGACUGCUGGUGUCUCUUCCAAGACUGGCUGCUCUGGGUACAUCCAGGCUAUCGACCGCUUGGGAUUCCCGGGUAUCUGUGUCAGCGACGCUGGAAAUGGCCUGAGAGGAACCGACUAUGUCAACGGUUGGUCAUCCGGAAUUUCCGUCGGAGCCAGUUGGAACCGCGAUCUUGCCAAUGAUCGAGGUACUUACAUGGGCAAGGAAUACCGCAAGAAGGGUGUCAACAUGAUCCUUGGCCCCGUUGUUGGUCCUCUCGGCCGUGUGGCACUCGGUGGUCGUAACUGGGAAGGAUUCUCGACCGACCCUUACCUGAGCGGAAUCUUGGUCUCCGAAUCAGUCAAGGGUCUUCAGUCCCAGAAUGUUGCAACUUCUCUCAAGCACUUCAUUGCCAACGAGCAAGAAACCAACCGCAACCCAAGUACGGAUUCGGAAGGAAAUACCAUCCAGUCGGUCUCUUCCAACAUUGACGACAAGACCAUUCACGAGCUAUACUUGUGGCCAUUCCAGGAUGCUGUCCUUGCCGGUGCUGCCAACAUUAUGUGCUCGUAUAACCGCCUGAACAACUCCUACGGAUGCCAGAACAGCAAAGCCCUCAACGGCUUGUUGAAGACCGAGCUGGGCUUCCAAGGUUAUGUCGUCACCGACUGGGGUGCGCAGCAUGCUGGAAUCGCAGGUGCCAAUGCAGGCCUUGACCUAGUCAUGCCCUCUUCUGAGACCUGGAACAGUAAUCUUACGACUGCAAUUGCUAAUGGAACCAUGGAGGCCUCCCGUUUGGAUGACAUGAUUACGAGACUGAUGGCCACCUGGUACUAUCUCGACCAAGACUCUGCGUUCCCCAACCCCGGCGUUGGAAUGCCCAGCAGCGCCAGUGCAGCUCACCAGGCUGUCAUUGCCACCUCUAAAGAGGCAAAGUCAGUCCUUCUCCAGGCCGCGGUCGAGAGCCACGUUCUAGUCAAGAACACCAAGAAUGCCCUCCCUCUCAAGUCUCCAAAGUUGAUCUCCGUUUUCGGUUACGACGCAUAUGGCCCGAUGACUCUCAACCUUGCCUCCAGCUUCAGCUUCGGAUCAACCCAGACGAGAUCCGACCUCUAUAAAAACGGAACUCAGUGGGUUGGUGGUGGCUCUGGUGCCAAUUCUCCUGCUUAUGUGGAUGCUCCUAUUGAUGCCAUCCAACGCCGGGCUUACGACGAUGGCUCGUCCGUUCUUUGGGACUUCACCUCUGAGAGCCCUUCUGUGGACUACACUUCCGAUGUCUGCCUGGUCUUUAUCAACGCCUACGCCACGGAGGGCUAUGACCGCGAGGCUCUGUCUGAUUCUCACAGCGACGCCAUUGUGACCAACGUCGCCAACAACUGCGCUAACACUGUCGUGGUAGUUCACAACGCUGGUAUCCGUACCGUCGAGUCGUGGGCUGACCACGUCAACGUCACCGGUAUCAUCUUGGCCCACCUCCCUGGUCAAGAUACCGGCCGCGCUUUGGUGGGGAUCCUCUACGGAGACUCUAACCCCUCCGGCAGACUGCCUUACACUGUCGCCAAGAAUGGAUCUGACUAUGGUUCCCUGCUUGAGCCGACGCAACCGGAAGGCAAGUACAAGUACUUCCCUCAGUCAAACUUUGAUGAGGGUGUUUACAUCGAUUACCGGGCCUUUGACAAGGAAGGAAUUGAGCCUCAGUACGCCUUUGGAUACGGCCUUUCCUACACUACCUUCGGCUACUCCAACUUGAAGGUGUCCAAGAAGUCUGCCUCGCCCUCUACCUACCCUGCCAAGGCAGCCAUUGUUCCUGGUGGAAACCCCCGUCUCUUCGAUGAGCUGGUGAUCGUGACCGCCACUGUCAAGAAUACUGGAAGCGUUGAUGGCAAGGAAGUGGCCCAGCUUUACGUUGGUAUUCCCAACGGCCCCGUUCGCCAGCUUCGUGGCUUUGACAAGGCCUUGAUCAAGUCUGGCAAGUCGACCACUGUUUCUUUCAGCUUGACUCGUCGUGACCUGAGCACCUGGGACACCGAUGCGCAGGAGUGGCUGCUCCAGCGGGGAACUUACAAGAUCUAUGUUGGUCGUAACAGCAGGGAUCUGCCUCUUGAGGCUACUCUGAUCUUCUAG